UCUGCCGCGACGUUAGUUGACUCUGAAUGGACAUCUACCGCUCUGCUGCCGCUCCGUGUAGCUCCGUGCCGCAGCAGCGGAUGUUAGCUGUCGCUACUCCCCGGCUCAGAGGCGCUGCAGAACCGAGCCAGGACCCGGACCAAGACCCGGACCAGAGCCAGUACCAAGACCAGAGUCUGGACCCGGACCAGAGCCAGGACCAAGACCAGAGUCUGGACCCGGAGGAACCGAGGACGAAUCAAUCCUCUCUUCAGAUGGAGGACUCGGAGGCGGAGCUGGCGGUGUCGGAGUCAGACGCCCUGGGUGCAGACUUCAUCACGGUGGAGCUGGACACGCAGCCCAUUGAGUACGUGGUGAAGUGGGCUGAGGUCGGCUCAAAGUUCACCAUUUCCUGCGUGAAGAAGGACUCUGACGAAGCGUCAGACCUGACUCCUGACCAGCUGAAGAUCGAGACGGAUGAGGCCUUCUUCGCUCCAUACGAGGAGGUGUACCCCUGUGAGGUGACGGAGCAGAGCGUGGAGAUAAAGACGGACUCUGAUGAUGAGGACGAAGACGACGAGGAGGAGCACGAGGUGCUGGUGGAGGCGGGGAGCAGCCAACUGGAUGGUGAGGUUGACUCGGACCAGGCUGACUUUGAGUCGGACGAGCGGCAGUACCGCUGCAGCUACUGCAGAAAGUGCUAUAGCCACGCCUCCAGCCUGUAUCGCCACCAGCAGACACACACUGGGAAGAAUGCCGGUGCACCACCACCCACCGAACGGGCGCUGGAGCCGACUCAUCAGGACGCACGCUACACCUGUCCCCACUGUGGGAUGAGCUUCAAAGGCAGCAGGAUGCUGGGGAGUCACCUGCGGCUGCACGGGAAGCGGCGGAUUCACCCCUGCAACAUCUGUGGCAAGGAAUUCAACCACAGCUCAAGCCUGUCACGCCACCGCCUCAUCCACAAGAAAGGAAAAGGAAUCCCUAAGGAAGCCACCCUCAGCCCAACUGUGACCUCCCUGCGCCAUAAGCUAAAGGCAGGCAGGAAGAACAAGAAGACCAAGAGGCAGCAGCAGCACGUAGCAGCCGCCAUCAUUCAGAGCCCGGGUGGCGACAAGUUCUAUGCCUGUCCGCAGUGUGAUAUGAGCUUCAGGACGUCCACACAGCUGUCCAAACACCAAGUGACCCACGUCAAGGAGCUGCUGGAUAACUACACACCGGGUAAAGAAAACCUGGAAGAGACCUCGUCGGACCUCAAGAUCCGCCUCAAGCUCUGCUCCCGCGACAAGCCCAACUUUUACACCCUUUGUAAGAAGAACCGCCGUCGGGCAGGGCGUGCCGGAAAACGGGGCUCUGCCACCUCCGAAGAUGAGGAGGGGGGAGGAGGAGGAGCCAGUCGUCACGGAUGCAGCCUGUGUGGGAAGCGCUUUAGCCAUGCCUCCAGCCUGGCACGGCACCAGCAGACCCACAGAACGGGGGAUGGUGGGCGGGGGAAGCUGCAGCAGCACCAGAAGCAGGUUCACACGAAGGCCGGACUCCCUGCUGCCAAGAACAAGACCUACACCUGCGCAGCCUGCAACAAGACCUUCAUGCACUCGUCCAGCUUCUCCCGCCACAAGAAGGCUCACGUGGAGGAGGAGCAGCGGGCCCACUCAACCACCGCAACUAAGCAUCGGAAGAGACCCAUUUUAGACGAGACCGCCCCAUUGGAGUCCGACACAGAGUGACGUCAACCAGCUCUUGGUUCAGGACCUGCGCUGAGGUGGUUCUGAAUCUGCGUUGGUUGGUCAGACUUUGGGACUUGGUUGGUUCAUCUCUGUAGAUAACAGCAGGACGUCCUUAUAUGGUCAAAUCUGACGGUUAGAUUUAAAGUGCCCCCCCCCCCCAAGAGCUUUUAUCUAAUUGAGGCCACGCCCACCUGCAGCCAUGUUUCCCAUCAGCCGUGGAAACAGCUCGCACAGCAUUCUGGGAAACUGAUAGUAUGGAAGUUUAUUUACUACGAAGUUUUCGAUCCUAAAACUCAUUUACAUUUUAUUUAUUUAUUCAUAUUCCCGCUUUGUUUUUCUCUCAAUCAGCUGAUGUUUGUUGUUGAUAAAUCUUCCUACGAGUCAGAGCAGCGACUCGUCUCCGUGUUUUUCCUCUGUGACAUCAAGGUCCACUUCCUCCAUGAGUGAUUCUGAUUGGCUGACGUUCUCAUUGGUUAACUGUUAAAUCAUUUUUAAAUUGUGAAACCGGAGAUGAGUAGAUCGCUCCAACUUCCUUCACAUUAACAUUUGCAUGAAGACUAUUACCUGCAGCUUGUCGGCCAUAUUUGUAGUUUUUAAGCAGAGUUUGUUCGACCUGCAGCGUCAGAGCGAUGGUGGCAGCGGUUGAACAGGAAACUGCACUACGUAUUUAUGAAUUUGGAACAAUGUUAAUAUAUAAAUAUAAAUGGUAUUUAAAUGUAAAAAAAAGACAAACAGCAAGCACCCUCGUUACACAGCAACAUUCAUCGUUUAUCGUCAUCACCAGACGUCUGUUUUUUCAAAAUAAAAGCCUGUAUAUCAGAAAUAAGACUUUAAUUUCACUGAACAGUCAAAGUUUAAAUGACAAUUAAAACUGGGGAGGGGGGGGCGUAGACGUUUCUGAGACUUUCUGACAACGACAAAAAAUGACAAAAGUGAAACUUGUAUGAUGAUGUCACACGGUACUGGUCAACGUCUUGGACCGAGCUCUCGUGGUGCCGUCAGGCGGCAGUUGAUUGGACAUUAUUUGAUGACGUGUGAGUGAAAGUGAGCCACAGGUCGUCGGGGUCAUGACCUGUGGGCCCCCCCCCCCCCUUGGUUUUGGACGCUGUCCUCGUUCGUCUGUUUCACAUUUAGCGCCAUGUGGUUUUGUUUGUUCACCUGCAGGUCGUGGUCGUCGUGUCGUGUUUGAAUAGAAUAAAACCUGUCGACAUGUUUUCUCUUGUGUUUUGUAAUAAACAUUUAAAAUAAGUUUCCUGUGUCUUUACUGUGAACCUGAUCCAGAACCUGAUCCAGAGUCAGUUCUCAGGUCUACAUGUGUGACUGUGCUGUUAACACACGGUGACAGACUGAGACCAGAUCAUAUUCAGGAUUGUCUCUUGAUAUGAAUAUAAAUUAUUUAUUCUGUGAAAACAUUGUUGUCAUGACGAUUAGUCUUCCAGUUCUGGAUAAGGUCCACACAAGUCCUCAUGAGUUUAGUUUGAUCACAACCAGCAGUGACUCAAAGUGAACACAAGAGGGCAGCAAACACUCAAAAAUAGAAUCUCUGAGCUCUGGUGACUUCAUCAGUCGGUUAAAUGACACAAGUCAAACAAUGUGAAUAAUAAUAAAAAGAGUCAAAGUUGAAAAA